CCACAAUCCAGACAUGUUUCACAUUUUAACUCGAGCUGUAGUCGAGAACACAUCUCGUGUUUGGCGUCGUCAUGGUUUAUCUGGUGCAGAGCAAGGAGGACCUUGACCAGCAGCUAUCUGAUGCCGGCGAAAAGCUGAUUGUCAUAGAUUUCUAUGCCAAUUGGUGUGGACCCUGCAAGAUAAUUGCACCGAAACUGGAGGAGCUGGCCCAGCAGUAUGCCGAACGUGCCGUUGUCCUGAAGGUGAAUGUGGAUGACAAUGAGGAGAUUACUGUCGAAUACAAUAUAACCAGUAUGCCGACAUUUGUCUUCAUCAAGAACGGAGAAGUCCUGGAGCUAUUUGUGGGCGGAAAUUCUGACAAGUUGGCGAAAUCGAUGGAGAAAUAUGUCGGUGAUGACGGCGAGCACCUGCAGCAACAACGGCAUCAACAACUCCAGCAGACCAGUCGGACGUCAGAGAGCGAAGCUGCCAUUUCAUCGGCAUCGGGUUCAGGUUCCGGAGCAUGCUUGUCGCACGAAUUGGAUGAACCUGACCGUGAGCCAGCGGCAAUGAACGUCCAGGAGGUCCUUGAGAAGGAGCGAGUACUGGAGAAUUAGUCGGCCCAUUUGGAAAACAAUCAAAAUUACCACCAGCUCGUGGAGUAUUAAAUCGUUAAUCGGUUUGCAGUUUAAAAAAAAUUAUGAAUUACACGUGUUCAAGUUGGGAAACUACACACAAUUUCGGAAGGAUGCCUCUGGAAUCUCAAACAUACCACCCCGCGUUCAGGAGUUCUUUUUGAAAUAUUCGAAAAGGAUCUAUUUACACAAUUUUUGAAGGAUGCCUCUGAUGCACACAAAGAAUUUAUAAACCUAUUUUGAAGUUCUAUCAAAUUUUGAGUUACUAGUUGCCUCAGUUGUCUGAAACAAGGACAUUUUUCAAGUUUAUUUCGGAGUUCUACAAGUUACCAAAAUUUGAAUGUUCAAAAAGGAAAUCUCCUACAAGUUUCUUGGAUGCCUCAGAUAUCUGGAAUAUACAUACAAUUUUUGGGAGUUACUACCAGUUGCUGAAUUUGUAUAAUUGGUUUUCGAGUUAUAAUGAAUUUUCAAGUUGAAAUUGAUUGUUACCAAAUUUGAAUGUUCAGAUUGUUAAUACUAGUUCAAGGAUGCCCUCGGACGUCUGGAUUAGAUGCACAAUCUGCGAGAGUUAAUCCUAGUUAAUGAAUUUAUAACCACAUUUUGGAGUUUAUAUUUUUGAAGUUCUAUCAAUUCACCAAAUGUUGAUGCCUCUGAUGUGUCCCUUUCCAUAAUCGAAGGAUGCCUCAAGUCUCUGUACCACAUACACAAGUUUCAAGAUCGCAAGGUCUACCACGGUUUUUCAAGUUAAACUGUUUAUUGGAUUUAUCGGAUAGUAUAAGGAUGUCUGCGCAGUUGAUCGGACUGUUUAGUUAUUAAUUUUUUUUUUGUUUCGAGUUGUGCACAACAUUUUCAAAUUUCAAUGUUAAAAUGAAAAUAAGUGCACGUUGCGGAAAGAAGAUGCCUCUGAUGAUGUCCCUACCAUAUACAAUCACAAUUUUUAGAAGUUAAGUUGAAGAAUUUACAUUAGUUGAAAAGGAUUAUGUGUUUCUUAGUUGAUCCCACAAUUUGGAUUUGGAUCUGUUUAUCGUUACCUAAACACAUACAUACACACAACAUACAAUGGGAAUAUGCACAGCAUAUAUAUAUAUUUAGUUACUGUUCAGAUUGAUUUACACACAUUAUAUCUUGUAAUUGCAUUGUUCAACAGAUAAGGAAAUGAAAUAAUAAUGAAUCUCUGUACCAUUA